AUGCUGUCCAUGACGGUCCGGGACCACGCUCUGCCCUUUCUCGUUGACACAGGGGCUACCAGAUCUACGGUUAAUCAGGACAUUGGGCCUCUGUCUGGACGGACGAUGAGCGUGGUGGGUUUCUCUGGGGUAAGUCAGAUUCUGUCAUUUACCAUCCCCCUCCCCACACACGUAGCGGGACAGAAAUUACAACACCCCUAUCUAGUGUCUCCCAGUGUUCCAGUCAAUCUCCUGGGUAGGGACCUACUCUCGAGACUCAAUGCACAGAUCCUCUGCGGUCAGCAGGGCCUCACUGUCACGUUCCCGGAUGGGACUGAAGUUCUAUGUGCACAAGGGAUUGGGGACACACACCAGUACCUCCUCAGAGACACUGAACCUAGAUUUGCAGACAUUUUCUGGGCCCUGUUGGAGCCAUCACAAACUGGGCUCUACUCAUGUUAUCUCCAUUGGAAACCCUGGAUCCUCAGCGUCCACCCCUACAUGGCUCCACCUGACCCGCUCCAUCUGACUCUGUUCUACGACCGGGAGGGUAAUGAAUGUUACCUAGAGGAAUUCCAAAAUCAGCUAGAAGGUAAGACCUGGCAGCUACAUUCUGGUGACAUUUUGGUGGGACAACAGGGGGUUGCGGCAAUGGUUAAUCUCACAAGAGAGCAACAGUCCUGGUAUAAUAUGUCUGAGACUGCUUUCCCCCACAUUUCGCUGGCUCUCCAUCCGGGACAUGAGGCUCGCGAAUUGGGCCCCAUGGUCAAAGCAGCAGUCUUAGCCUCAGACUGGUCUUCCUCCGGCCUGCCUGGCGUGCUCCGCUCUCCGUCCCUGAAAAUGUUCAGAAUUGUGAGUACUACCACUGACUCUGCUUUAUGCACACAUGAACUCAUACCUAGAGACCAUGGUAGAGAAAAAUCUGAUCAUCCAAAAGCACAGGAGCUUAUCUCCUCCCUCCCAGUCUCAUUGUGGGCCGAGGGUCCAACCGAUGUCGGAUUGAUCCACUGUAAACCUAUCUCAUUCCAGCUGAAUACUGACUCUCCGGUCUGGGUGCCACAGUACCCUCACAAAAGAGAGGCAGAAUUGGGCAUUCAGGACACCAUAGAAGGCCUGUUAGACUCUGGUGUCCUCGAACCUUCCAACUCCUGCUGGAACACACCCAUUCUACCAAUUGAAAAGAAGGGCACCGGUCAGUACCGUAUGGCCCAUGACCUCAGAGCCAUCAAUCAGAUUCUAGGGACCAAUACGGUCCCGGUGCCAAACCCAUAUGUUGCUCUGAACAAUCUGUCUCCCGAACAAGCAUGGUUCACAUGUAUUGAUCUUGCUAACGCUUUUUUCUGUCUCCCUUUACAUGAGAACGUUCGGGACAUCUUCUCGUUCACCUACCAGCGUCGCAGACUCCGUUACACCCGCCUCCCACAGGGAUUUGCCCUCUCCCCUGGCAUCUUUAACCAGGUUCUGAAAGAGAGUUUGGCUGACCUGCAGCUGCCCGAUGGCACCACAGUGAUUCAAUAUGUCGACGACCUGCUCAUUGCGUCCACCACAGCCGAGUCCUGCCUGCAGGCCACACGGGCCCUGCUCCUACUCCUGGCCCGCCACGGGUUCAAGGUCAGUCAACCUAAGUUGCAAAUCGCGCGGAAACAAGUUUCUUUCCUCGGCAGACUACUGUCACAAAAGGGGGCCUCAUUGUCCCCCGCCCACCGCACAUCCAUUCUGCACCACACCAAGCCUGACACUGUCAAAGCUAUGCUGUCGUUUCUCGGUCUGGUGGGUUACAGCAGGCAGUACAUACCUGAUUUUUCCACUCUCACAUCUCCGCUGAGAGCCAUGGUCACCUCUGCAGGUAUGAGAAAUCUGAAUGCGAAGCUGACAUGGUCCCGCAACUCGGAAGAAGCUUUUAUCAAACUCAAACAAGAACUCGCUGCGUCCGCCGAAUUGGCCCUCCCCGACUACGCGCGCCCGUUCUUUUUGGAUGUUUCUGAAACAGAAUCUGUUGCUAACGGUAUUCUGUUCCAGAAAAAAGGGGAGAGAGAACGGUACUGAUGUAUCUCAGUGUCAUCCUUGACCCCACAGAAAAACGUCAACCAACGUGCACAAGACAUGCUGCAGGUGUUGCCAAACUCAUCAACAAAAGCGCACACAUAGUUAUGGGACACACACUUCACAUCUUGACAUCACACAGCGUUGUAGCUUAUGUGAACUCGCAAACUUUUACGAUGUCCUCCACAAGACAGCAAAAACUCGCUCGCAUUCUCGAAGCCCCAAACUUGCUAUUCACUCAUGAAGGUGUUAACAUGGCUGAGCGUUUGGGGGAAGGUGUGUUGCAUGAGUGUGCCCACAGGGUUGAAAAAGAAGAAAAAGCCAGAGAAGACCUCCAGACGGAACCCAUCCCAGGGGCCAGAAACCUAUACACAGACGGAUGCUGCUACAGAGAUGAGAAGGAGGGACUCAGAGCAGGAUUCUCGGUGAUAGAAGAAACACCAGACGGACUCAAGACGGUAACAGCACAAAAGCUCAAUGGACCACAGUCAGCCCAGAGAGCAGAAGUCGUGGCAGUGAUUGAAGCCCUGAAAGCAGGUAAAGACCAAGACAUUAACAUUUACACUGACUCAGCCUAUGCAGUACACGCAGCACAAGUAGACCUAGGACAAUGGAUGAGAGCGGGCUACCUAACUGCAAAACAAGAACCCAUUAAACACAUGGAUGAAAUGAAAGAGCUUGCAAAAGCACUGUGGUUUCCCCAGAAGGUAGCCAUCAUCAAAUGCAAAGGACACGACAACAGCAGAUCCAGAGUUGCCAUGGGCAACCAAGCAGCGGACUCCGCAGCCAAAGCAGCUGCAGGAUAUCAUGAGAAGCUCCUGUUGGUAAGACCAGACACAGAGACACAAAUGACAAAACUGUCCCUUACAGAAAUCUCAAAAGAACAGGACCUAGCCUCACCUGAAGAGAAGACAGUGUGGAAACUCAGAGGCGCAGUCCUAUCGGAAGGGACCUGGAGAUCCCCAGAUGGAAGGCUGGUUCUGCCACCUGGGCUCAAAGACAGUAUCUUCUCAGAAGCACAUGGAGUUGGCCAUGCAGGCAUCUCCCAGAUGAAAGUGGACCUCAAAGAAUGGUGGCACCCCUUCCUACAUGACAUGCUAAAGGAGUGGGUAAGACACUGCACUGUUUGCACACACCACAACACCAGACCUACAUACAAACCCGGGGUGGGUAAGUUCCAACUAAAAACACGUCCAGGGAAAGAAAUCAUCAUUGAUUUUACAGAUAUGGUUAACUCAGUCCGAGGGUACAGGUAUGUUUUGAUGUGUGUUGAUGCAUUUACAGGAUGGCCAGAAGCAUGGCCAGUGAAAAGAGAGGACAGCAAAUCAGUAGUUAAGUGUCUCAUCAACCAUUACAUCCCACAGCAUGGCUUCCCAGAAAAGAUCAGGUCGGACAAUGGGUCACACUUCAAGAACCAGGACCUCCAGUACGUGGAGGCCAUGUUGGGACUUAAACAUGGUUUUGGGUCCGUGUACCAUCCUCAAUCUCAGGGUAAGGUUGAGAGGAUGAACCAGACAGUCAAGAACAGGCUGUCAAAGAUUUGUGCCCACACAGGGCUGAACUGGGUGGAUGCUCUACCGCUCGCCCUCAUGUCCAUCCGAUCCUCAGUAAACAGGACAACUGGACACACCCCAUUCGAGCUCGAACGUGGUCGACCUUUUCCAGGGCCAGAGCGAGCCCUGCAAAACACUGACCCUCCUCCCUCUCACAUGCACCAGAAAGAUUAUUAUGUACAACUGCAAUCUGUUCUCUCUGAAUUUGCUAAGCAGGUGCGAGACAGCAAAGACGGCACCAAAGACGGUGACCUACCCAUCACUGACUGGGUCCUCCUUCGGGUCAUCAAGAGAAAGUGGAGCGAGCCUAGGUGGACAGGACCAUUUCAGGUGACCGAGAGAACCUCCCACGCAGUCCGGCUGGACGGGAAAGGUGACACCUGGUUCCACCUCACUCAGUGCGCCCCAGCUGUAACACCUCAACGCUCCCUGAAGGAAGUGCGGCAGGAUCUUGCAGCAGCUGCAGCAGGAAACCAAACCAAAGAGCCACACACCUCCAGAAAAGACACAGGGCAGAAUAAUCCCUGCAACGAAAAAGGCACAGGGUAGUCUACCCCUGACCGCCUGAAGAAAGGAGACAACAUCCUGCAGGACGUCGGCUGACAACUGCUCUAGUAGACAACGAAGCUACGCUGCAAAGACACAGGGCAGAAUAAUCCCUGCAACGUAAAGGGCACAGGGUAGUCUACCCCUGACCGCCUGAAGAAAGACGACAACAUCCCGCAGGACGUCGGCUGACACCUGCUCCAGUAGACAACGACGUAACGCUGCCUGUCCGGGCGACCCCCACGGACGGCUCAUCUGUCAGGUCGUGCAAGACAAGAAAAUCUCUUACCUGUAUGUUUCAAACUGUAUGUUCCACACCCUUUUAUUUCGGCAUUUAUCUGGUUAUUAACUUACAUUGUAUUGCUCGAUGUUCUUUUGUGGGUUGAAUUUUGCAGAAACGAAAUGAGGAUCCCUCGUCUUAGAGUUGGCUCAUGGCCAUGGUUGAUCGCUUUAGCCUUAUUUAACAUAGGUUUGCUGCUUAUAAUCUUAGGGCUGACUAGGGAGUUCCCACAGUUGCCUACAAACGCCACAGAACCUGAUGCAACACACCUCUCACGUCCCAUCCGCGGCUAUGAUGCUUAUUUGGCCCACCCAUCAUUCUCUGUUAACGGUACAGCCCUGACCAUUACUUGCGAAUACUCUGGUCCAAACACUCCUGUGAAAGUUGGCCUCUCCCUCGGAGAUGGCGACAAUUGGCGACGAGCAGGGGGUUCCAUACCCUAUGAUGUUUCUUACACGCCCCGGGGGGAGUGA